GCGUAGCUUGUAGCAGCUACUGUAUCUGCUCACUCGCAGGGUAUAAUAAAUAGCAACAUGAUAUUUGGCUACAGCCACAGAUGCAAUUGGUGUUUUUUUUUAGAUGAGAACCGUGAUCUUUGAGAGUACAGAAAGUAAUUUAAGGUGAUUUUCGGAGAGGUUCGUCACAUCAGCUCGUUCGGUGUGGGGAAUACAGAAUGGAUUUCUUAAGACUGGGAAGAAUGUCUCCUUGAGAAGAGAUGCCGUUUCUUGAAAUUUGCAUGAGGCAUAUUCAUAAAUAUUGCUUUGACUAUUAAAUAUUUGAUUAAAGAUGUUCGUUUUGGUAUCAACAGAAGCCCACGCUGCUUAAUAUAUUUAUUUUAGAAAUGUAAAACAGUGGGUUUUUUUCGAAUGCAAAACAUCAAACAUCAGUCUAGUGCAGGCAAAAGGGUAGAAAAAAGCAAGAGAUCCGGUUGAAAAUGUAAGAGGAUUUGAUUUUGCAGCCACUGAAAAGAGAUUAAGUCGACAGCAGUGGAAGUUAAAUUGUGCUGCAUAUAAAAAAUGGGCGGAUUGGUCUUUAGAUGAGAGAUUGGUACCACCUUCCAUUCUAAAAUAAAAUCGCCCUGGCAUGAAGUCACAGCCUAUUUCACAUCCGGUUUACCCAGGGACAUAUUACUAUUGUCUUGGUAAAGAAAAGCUUUAUUUGGCUACAAUCUCUGAAUUUAGAGUAGAUUUUGUAGUUAGAUUACCAAUUUGCAGGGACUGGGAAGAGUCUAACUCCCCACACGAAGGAAUAGCGCGCGAGACCUGCGCAGGCUCAGCAUCGUCAGCAGCCGCUUCUCGUGCCUCCAGCUAAAAUUCGGCAGAUCAGAGAUCUAUGAGGAUUUUUCACAACGAAUCCGUCUAGAAAAAGGUAUCUGUAAAAGUUCAAGGAUACGGCACAGUUGAAUAUCACUGGCAUAUCGAUAUGAAUUUCCUUCAAUCACAAACAAUGCUGGGACGGACCGGAACAGUCACGCUGUGCGUAUGGGCCUGUAUGCUUGUUGGGAACGUCCUCAGUGGAAAAAGCUCCAAUCAAAACGGCAUAACUGAUGAACAGAAGGACAACACCACAGUAUUCACGAGAAUUCUGGACAGCUUGCUGGAUGGAUAUGACAAUCGCCUCCGACCUGGCCUUGGAGAGCGUGUAACUGAAGUCAAGACUGACAUUUUCGUGACGAGUAUUGGACCUGUCUCGGACCAUGACAUGGAAUACACCAUUGAUGUCUUUUUCCGACAAAGCUGGAAAGACGAAAGACUAAAAUUCAAAGGUCCGAUGGCUGUGCUGCGUUUAAAUAAUCUGAUGGCCAGUAAGAUCUGGACUCCUGACACGUUUUUCCACAAUGGGAAAAAGUCUGUGGCCCACAACAUGACCAUGCCCAAUAAAUUGCUACGCAUUACAGAGGAAGGGACAUUACUAUACACAAUGAGACUGACAGUUAGGGCAGAAUGUCCCAUGCACCUUGAGGAUUUCCCGAUGGAUGCACACGCCUGCCCAUUGAAGUUUGGCAGCUAUGCCUACACGCGUGCGGAGGUUGUGUACGUGUGGACAAGGGGGGCCGCCCAGUCGGUGGUCGUUGCAGAAGAUGGAUCCCGACUCAACCAGUAUGACUUAAUGGGACAGUCUGUUGACUCUGGUGUGGUCCAGUCCAGCACAGGAGAGUAUGUUGUCAUGACAACACACUUCCACUUAAAGAGGAAGAUCGGUUACUUCGUCAUUCAGACCUACUUGCCGUGCAUCAUGACGGUGAUUCUGUCCCAGGUGUCCUUUUGGCUCAACAGAGAGUCUGUCCCCGCAAGGACUGUAUUUGGAGUGACCACUGUGCUGACCAUGACCACUCUCAGUAUCAGUGCUAGGAACUCUCUCCCAAAGGUGGCCUAUGCCACAGCCAUGGACUGGUUCAUCGCAGUGUGCUAUGCCUUUGUCUUCUCCGCCCUCAUUGAGUUUGCCACAGUCAACUACUUCACCAAGAGGGGCUACGCCUGGGACGGAAAAAGUGUGGUGCCAGAAAAGCAGCAGAAGAAAAAGAAGGAAUCCCUCCUGAAAAAGAACAAUACAUACACCGCAGCCACUGCGACAGCCUUCGCCCCGAACAUUGCCAGAGACCCUGGUUUGGCAACCAUCGCCAAAAGUGCGCCGCCUCCACCCACCGAGCCAAAAGAGGAGCCCAAACCCAAGCCACCAGAGGCCAAGAAGACCUUCAACAGCGUGAGCAAAAUCGACCGGAUCGCCAGAAUAGCCUUCCCUCUCCUGUUUGGAACCUUCAACCUGGUCUACUGGGCUACAUACCUGAACAAAAAGCCUAAACUAGGGGGCAUGACUACACCCCACUAAUCUUAAUCUUCUCUUUUUUUGUUUUUUUUUGUUUGUUUUGUUUUGUCUUUUUUUUUUUUGAAUGUUUCGUUUCAGAAAAAAAGGUGUCUGAAGUGGUCCGGUUCCCAAUUGCUACAUCGCUUCUGUGUCACUCAGAAAAUAUUAUACCUUCAAGAUUAAAAAAAUAUAUCCUAGGAUCUGAGCAAUGUGGUAAAAAAGAAUGGGAAAUGUCAGGGGGAUCAUGCUACUAUAUAUAAAAAAACACGCUACAAUAAUAUAUACGCCAGAGAAUGCUAUUCUACAAAUGCACAUAGCCUAACAAUUGUUAAGGAUCUCUUUUUUGUGUUUUUUUUAAACUUCUAUUUUGCAUUAUGUCAUCAAUACUUCAAAACAGUAAUGUGAAAAAGUUAUAUUUGCAUGGGCUGAUUUAUUAUUAUUUUUGUGACAUGACAAAUGGCAUAUUUUUCUCAGUCACAAAAUGCUACUAUCAAAAUCAGAUAUUCUUCCAUACCUUGUAGUGGAUAUUUUUAUUUUAUGAUUUUUUUAACGAUCCAGAUAGGGUUUCAGCAAUAGCAAUAAAAACAUGUCUCAGCGGAAACUAUUUAAUUCCAUUCAUGGAUUUAAAAAAGAAAAAAAUCCUUUGAU